UGCGAGGACGCUCUUUGAAAUUGCGCCAAAAAUAGGGAAUUCUUAAGUUUUUUAAGUUAUUUGAUCGAAAAAAGGUUUUGUGAGUGAAUAUAAGUCGUUUCCCAACUCCCGCCGUCCUUCGCUUUUGCAAAAGCAUCAUCAAGGAAAAAUCUCCUGCAAAGAUUACGGAUAGCCUUUUUGUCUAGUACCAACAUCGAGAACGAACAGAUCAUCGGUCCAUCUCACAUCCGGAACAUUCGCGCCCGCAACAAACAAGUGACCUAUGCCUAGCAGUCGCAGUCUGUGACCAAAGUUAUCAGGUAAAUUGUAUCGGACCACCAAGUUUAGCGACGAUAUCUUGGGAAGGCUAGUGGAUUCCACGAGCUGCAACGUUAUAGGUAAAAGCAACUGCAGAGCUAGAGCACUAACAGAAAAGUUGUUUUCGUUGCCGGCGCGUGCGAAGAUUGCGUUAUUUAGAAGGAAACCACCUAAUUUCCGAUAUGGAGGCCACAAACUCGGUUUCCAAAGGAGUAUUUCUGUUCAAUGCUGGUGCUAAACCCAAACGGACAAAAGACGGCAAGACGACCAUCCUGGACGAAAGUAUGACGGAAGCGCUGUGGUAUCGAGGCUACAGAAAACACUGGGAUACCCUGCAGCGUGCUAUAAAGAAGAUACAGUCCACCAGCUAUGGCAAGGUGUUGGACGAUCUGCUUGCCUUCGUUGAAGAUUGCUACUUCUCAACCGAAUACGAUGGGGCACUGCCAACGGCAAUCCUGCUCACUGGCAUCAACCAGCCCGAUCAUUUGUCGCAGUUCAGGAACCUUAGCGAGCAUAUCCGUAAUAAGUCGCUCUCGUAUGUGGUCAUUUUGCAAUCCUGGGAUUGCUCGGGCAUUAAGCAGGCCAUCGAAUCGAUGGUUGGUGGGUUCAUGGAGCAGCAGUUGGCUGAGGAUGGUUCUCCGGAGAAACCAUUGCGUAAAAAUCAGUUAAAUCUACCCGUGCUCGAAGCAUGGUAUUUAGAAAAGCAUGACCAACUGGAACGGAAGCCAAACCUAACCAUCAUCUUGCCUGAGUUUGAAAACUUCAAGUCCGCCGUGUUGGAAGAUUUUAUACUCAUUUUAAAUUCCCACGCGUCUAAGCUUCCGUUCGUGCUCAUUUUUGGUGUCGCCACAACAAUAAACUCGAUUCACAGCGCACUUCCGUACCAUGUGACCAGCAUGCUAAAGUUGAGCACGUUCCAGUCGGAACCAUCCAUCACGCAUCUCAACAAGCUACUGGAUCACGUAUUUUUGACACCCUUUUGUCCGCUGCAUAUUUCGGCGAAAGCGUUGACUCUACUGUUGGACAUCUUCCUGUUUUAUGAUUUCUCCGUGAACGGAUUCGUGCAGGGAUUGAAGUUAGCCUUCAUAGAGCACUACUUUGAUCAACCUAUCCAUGGCCUCUGUACGAUCAUAAGGGACGACGAUGAACUCAGUGAAAUGAUCGAAGAGUUAACUGCUGACCAUCUCCUGCAAAUACGUGAGCUACCCUCGUUCAGACCGUUUGUGGAAUCGUUGGAGCAACCACAGGCCGUGAUAGACAUUCUCACCGACGACGAUCAUCUGAAACGGUCGCUGCCAGCAAUGCUGUUGCGGGUACACAACUAUUGGUUCACCUUUCACUGUGCACUCGAAAUACUACAUACGUUAGUGUCUGAUCUACCGAAGGCACCGCUAGGAAAAUAUUUACGGGAACUUUACUGCCACGCUGCGGCCUCCGAUGUCACGGUGCUGCCCGAAUUCCAGGAGUGCAUGAAAUUACUCUCCUUCCUAUCGAAGGAGGAAAUGUUGCUGAAGAUUAAAGCGAUGCUGGACAUUGUAUUGGAGUAUGUAAAUCGUAAUGAUCAACUAAACACCGAGGGAUGUAUCGUUUACGAGGUGGCACCACUCGAGCAGAUGGCCAAAGGUUUGGUGUUGCUGUCGGAUGAGCUUGCGGUCGCAACGUAUGAUUUGCUACCGAAUGGUUCUGAGCUUGAAAAAACCGAUCGGCAGCAACUCCUUUCACCAAGUAUGGGAAGACAGGAGUUAAGAGAGAAACUGCUCACUGGCGUACGAAGCGCGAAGCAAGAAUCCGGUGUUACGCGUACUAUGGGUCGGUUAAUGAAAUACCUGGUGAAACGUAUAUUCCAACGCUACCUAAAACCUCCGAACGCCUCUUCCGUACCCUUGAUUGAGCUGUUCCUGUUCAGUGAUAGCGCAGCCCUGCGGCGGCAUUUAAUCGGUUCACCAAGAGCAGCAAUCCAUACGGCACUCACUAACCCACAGCACUACUUGCAGUGUGAAUGUUGCAUUCUCGAUGAUCCUGGCAGCAUUCUUCCCACGCUUCCUGAUAUCAGCAUAGCGUACAAGUUGCAUCUCGAGUGUGGAAAACUGAUAAAUUUGUACGAUUGGCUGCAAGCAUUCCGCGCCGUAGUCGAAGAAAGGGAUCCCGAUGACCUAGAUGAACAGGUUUCCCCCCAAAUUCAAGCCCGAUUUACCCUUGCAGUAUGUGAGUUACAAUUCCUAGGCUUUAUCAAAACAUCGAAAAGGAAGACCGAUCACGUCACCAGACUGUUUUGGUGAAAACGGUCAGCUGUGAAUCAAAAUAUCCCAAAAAAGGCAUUGAGUUGGUAUUUUCUUGUAAUUUAAUUUUUUCAUUUAUACAAUAAAAAAACAUUUUUCGACUUCACAACCAUGAGAAAU